AUGGGGAAUUGCGUAUCACAAAAUUCAAAACUUCCGUUCGAACUUGAUAUUGAUUACGACCCUGGAAACGGCAGCUCUCACCGCGAUAGCAAUGCACAGCCCGCUCACAAACAAGCGUCAUCCAUACAAAGAAAUGGUACUAUUGGGAAGAAAAAUAAAGCCGUACAGGCAAAUUCCAGGGAGUUUGUUCGUGUUAUUGGUGAUCGAAAAUUUCACAAUUUUCAGGACGUCCACUAUUACCUUCCGUGUGACAAUGAAGAAACGGAUCGUUUAUCCAACGAGCAUUUUCUUGUAAAAAAUCUCUGGGGACGAAAUUUCUUUUCACCUAUUGAGAAUUUGUUAUUACAAGGAAACAUAAAGAUACUGGAUGUUGGUUGCGGUUCGGGAACUUGGAUGCUAGAAAUGGCGACUUUAUUCCCCUCCUCCUUUUAUGGAAUCGAUAUAUCACGAAUGUACCCAAGUGCGAUUAAGCCUAGAAAUACAGAAUUCAUAAAUGCGAAUAUUCUCCGAGGAUUACCUUUUGGCGGAUUUUUGGAAUUCGUUGAAUCUGAUAUCGAAUGUAUUAACGCGGGUCCUUUAUUGCGUAAAUUAACAAACGAAUUUAUUUCAUUUCUGGAAACAAAGGGCAUCACCUUGAAGCCAAUCGAUAUAGGUAGUCUACUUGCGACUAGAGAUGUCAAAAACAUUCAGCACCUACAGCAAAUCAUACCAAUGGGUAAAAGGGCCGGAGCUCUUGGAAUUCUGGCCGCCGAGAAUCAGCAUCAAAUAUGGCGAUCCUUGCAAUCUACGUUUAUAAAUUAUUCGAAAGAAGAAUAUAUUCGGAUGAUCGACAAUAUAUUUUCUACCGAG